AUGUUUGACAGCGACUCUGACUGGGGCUCCCUGUUCCUAGAUAACCUCCUGCAGCCUGCCCAAGACCUUCUGCACAACUCAACAUCACCAAGCUCGCAAGGCACCAAGAGAAGACGUGAUGUCCCUGAGGAGGGAGAGUCUUCGGUACAUCUGGCGAGCGAAAGAAAGAGAUCGAGAGUCGACAUUUUUUUCAGCUGCCCCUACCGCCGUCGAAACCCUCGAGUGUUUAACGUCCGCGACUUUCCUACAUGCUCCCACCACUCCUUUUCUAGCAUCACUCUCGUCAAACGCCAUGUGACGUCGGCACACCAGGCCAAGGACUUCACUUUCCAGUGCGGAACGUGCAGUGCUUGGUUUCCUACGAAAAAGGCCUUGGGCAGCCACUCCAACCACCAGAGCUGCUCCAGUCUCCCCCUUCCCGUCGUUGAUGACUACGACAAGGGCAUCACAGAGGAAAUGGAGAGCAAACUGCGGGAUCGCCGGGGCAAAAACAAGGUGCUGGAAUGGGAAGGCUUGUGGCGCACCAUCUUCCCCACCAGCCAAGUCAUCGUCACCCCUGACUUUGCUCCAGUCAUUGAACAUGACGAAGGUAGAGAGCGUUUCUACCAAGGGCUGUCGGAGCUGCAACCCAGCAUGAUCUUCGAGGUACAGGGCAUUUUAUUCAAGGCCCUUGAGAUUCAUCCAGUUGAAGUUGUGCGCGAGCUCGAUGGCCUAGUCAAAGUGCUCUCUUCACCAGCCCAGAGGAUGUUGAACUCGGAAAGUGAAGCCAUCCCUGAUGAGGAGUCGGUGACACUAUCCUGGGAAACCACGCCCAAUGCUUUGUGA